AUGAACUAUGGUUUACGAGUCCUUGGCGCUUUUACCUUCGUCAACCCUCGCCCCGCGGGCAAAAUCCUCCGCAUACUUCUUAAAGCUGCUCUAGCAGCUCCUUCCUCCUCUUUUACGGCCCAACUAGCAGUUCCUUUUACUCAAGAAGAAGCUACUAGUGAGCAAGACGAUGAAGAUGAUCCUUCGGCCCUUACUAACCCCGAAGAAGCCUUGGCUUAA